CGUGGACAUACAUCACCUAGAUUACCAACUUGACUCUCGCAAGGCAAGCUUCUGUCUUGUCUUUUUGAGACAUUACUCUUUUGUUUCUUGGUGAAUUCUCCCUAAAAAAACCCAUCGCCAUCAUCAUCGACAAUUCAUCAUCUUCUCCGUCUGCGACGGCUGGCCAUGUACUGCACAACGCAGCUUGAUACUGACCAUCCGCUGCCCCCAUGAUACUCUUAAUUACUUACUACCAAACUGACACUAUCGAUUCUUCCACCACGACGUUGAUCGCGCUUUAUCCGUCCAAGCUCAGUCAUCUUAUUGUCCGUUCCCGGUGACCGAUCCUCCGAAUUUUCCAACGUUUGUCUGAUUAUCGCGCCUUAAUUUUUGCUAUCGACCGUCGCGAAUUUAUCCAAAACCUGUCGUGCUCCUCUCCCGCCAGAUGAUGCGGCUGGCCAAUGUCGAAUCGCCAUGGCCAUCAAUGGUGGUCGAUUCUUGGGCGCAAGACGCCUCCAAUAACUCCUCUCAUCACGGCCAUUCCGGCAAACCCGGUGACAAAAUACAAGAGUGGUCCUCACUUAUCGGUAUCGUCACAGCCAUUGUAGGCAAUGUACUUAUCGCUCUUGCGCUAAAUGUUCAGAGAUACGCACAUAUUCGACUUCACAAGCAAAGGAGUAGGAACCGGAAGAGGGCGAAAGAAGCAUUGAAGCGCCCUCACCCUGGAGAUCAUGGUGGCUCAUACGGCACCAUUGGAGGAGGUAGCGAUGGAGCUGGGUAUCAAAAUGGUCACGGAACAAUUACAGAUGAUGGAAAUCGCAUGGACGAGAGCUGUGAAACUGAUCCGCUGACCGGGUCCUUUCACUCCGAGGCAUCACAGAGCACCGAUAGCAAAGAGGAUGAUACGUCUUCAUCAUACCUCAAAUCUCCGUACUGGUGGUUGGGUCAAGUUCUUAUUACUCUUGGCGAGAUGGGCAACUUUCUCGCAUAUGGCUUCGCCCCCGCUUCGAUUGUCUCUCCUCUUGGAGUUGUCGCCUUGAUAUCGAACUGCAUCAUUGCGCCUGCCAUGUUCCACGAGAAGUUCCGACAGCGCGAUUUCUGGGGUGUAGUUAUUGCUGUAGGUGGUGUUGUUACUGUUGUUCUGAGCGCAAAGCAAGAGGAGACCAAGUUGAACCCUCAUGAUGUAUGGGACGCGAUCACUACGUUGGCUUUUGAGAUCUAUCUUGCCGUGACCAUAUUUCUUAUCCUGGUCUUGAUGUGGGCAAGUCCUAGGUACGGAAGACGCACGAUUCUUAUCGACCUGGGACUUGUUGGUUUGUUUGGCGGCUACACUGCCCUUGCGACAAAAGGCGUUUCGUCGAUGUUGUCUUCCACUCUUUGGCGUGCUUUUACAACUCCUGUCACUUACGUUCUCAUCGUUAUUCUCCUUGGGACGGCAGUCAUGCAGAUUCGCUACGUCAACAAGGCGCUGCAACGUUUCGAUUCGACCCAGGUUAUCCCAAUCCAGUUUGUAAUGUUUACGCUGUGUGUGAUCAUUGGAAGCGCCGUCCUGUACCGCGAUUUCGAACGAACGAACGCUGAACAGGCGGCCAAGUUUGUUGGAGGUUGUCUCCUUACCUUCUUCGGCGUCUUUCUCAUCACUAGCGGCCGUGAGCAAAGCCAUGAUGACGACGAAGUCCUGUCUGAAGACGAUGAUUUCGAGGAUACCAUAGGCCUUGCGAACCAGGAAGGGAAUGGCACAGCGUCCUACCAAGACGGUCAGGGGUUUUCUACCCCCAAGUCACAAUCACGACGGUCCAGUCACCUGUCGGGUCUUAAUUAUCCUGAUGCACAGAGAGCCUUGAAAGCGGCGGUUACACCACAUCAGGACAACAACAAUCUCCCAUCAGCCAAGGCUUUGGGUUCUCAGAUGUCCCCAGGCCAGGAGACUAUGGCUUCUGGUUUCCCUUGGAACGAUUUCGGAGGGCCGUCAACACCACCGGGAAGGGGCGUUAGGGCGUACUCUACAGACUCUGUUGCACCACCGGGGACCGCGGGCUCAGCGGCGUUUGCCUCCCACCCAACAACACCGAUGAGAGAUGCCCUAGCUACUGAUGGCUCGCUUCUCCCACGGCCUCAAGCUAGUCCUUCGAAGCCCGGUGGUACUGGAAGCCGAUCCAGGACCUUUAUCUCCCCGUCCCCUCUAUCGUCAACAGUUACGGCUGUGGUCAAGGACGCCUUUCUGCGCGCGUCUGACGACCCGAGUGUGCGCCAGUCCUCGAUGCGUCGUAUACGUUCCACCAUCCGUGCCGGGCUGUUCUUUAAAGAAGACGAUGAGAAUGCUGAUCCCGAGAACAACUCCCGGUCGAACACGCUCCCCGCACAAUCAGCAGCGCCAGUAUCAGUGGAAAAUCUUCCUAGCGCCUUAGACGAGGCUGAGAGGCCUGCAGGCGAGGACGAUCUGGUGCGUCGGCGGUCACGUAGUGUUAGUGAUACACUAGGCGAUUUUUUUGGCGUCCGGCGCAAGAAGCGCCAUGAUGGCUAUUUCGCGAGCGACGUCGAAGAUGUGACAAUAGGAGGAGCUACCCCAGGUCAAGAUCGGACGGAUCGUCAAGGGGAUUGCCGAGAAGUAUAAUACGAGGAGCAUCUAAUAAUCAUGUUUAUGCAAACACAUACACAUUGCGACCCGGCGUUGGUUAGCACAUUACUCUUCUUACUGGCGCCGGAGUCAUUUCGUUGUCCAGGCUUCUAGCGUUGGCGUUUGGGUCUUAGAGUAGGGGGUGAUGAGAUUAGCUCAGUUUCUGGGAUAGCAUAUGUUUAGCAGCAUUUUAUUGCUUCCAUGUUUAGAAUCCAAUGGAUAAUCGCUCGCCUUGCA